UCUGUGGGAGAGACACUUUGCUUUAUGCAGUAGGAGGAAACCACACGCAAAGUAGCCAGUAGCCCUAGCCUACUUGUGCUAACAUGGCUUCACUUUGCGACUUCUUGCGGGUUCGAGGGGUUCCAGAAGAAGCCAUAUCGUUAAUGGAAGACCAAAAGAUUGACAGCCAAGUCAUAUCACUGAUAGAUGAUGCAACUCUGGCAAAUUACAUUCCCUCCUACGGAGACCGCAUUGCCCUCUUCAAUUUUUGCAAAAGUAAAAAGUCCCACCCACAGUGUAAACAUGGGCUUCUAGAAAAACUUUUCCUUUCUGACUUAUGAAAGUCAGAAAGGAAAGCACCAAUGAAGACACAACUCAUGCAGAUAAAAGAGCAACUUCGACAACUCGGACAAAGAAACUCAAAACAACUCGAAAUGUAGAGAUAGGAUGGAUUCACAGUGACAAAAACAAAGCCAAACAGGUGAGGGGAAAGCAGGGAGGUGGCACCAGAAAAGUUCAACUGGAAAAUGAUGCUGGAUUAGAAGAAAUCCUUCAAGCGGGAAAGAAACUUUUCUUUCCUGAUGGAAUAUCUCCUAAAGGAUCUGAAUCCGAUUUUGAGUUUGAAGUGUGGGACUUUAAACAGAACCGCCUUACUAAUGACACUUGCCUGUCCAUUGGCACUAUGUAUGAAACAGUGAGGCUGACAAUGUUACGCUUUUACAUUGCAACAAAGCCAAAAGAACUUGAAGAUGAUGCGAGUGAGACAUCAGAAGUGCUCCUUGUCUCAGCUCACAGUGGUUUUGAAAACCAUUCAGCAGAAGUACAAGUGGAAGAUGUCAUUGGUGAUUUUGAUGGAGUCCAUUCUGCUUUGGAAAUGUCUGUUGUUUCUGAAAUAACCUUUGGUCCCAUUUAUGGUGUUGAAGACGACACGGAGGACACGUUGAUCUUUGAGGGUUUGACUAUGCCUGCCAGUCCAACUCAUCCAGAGGAAGUUAUAACAAUCGCCAUACAUCAUGCUAACACUUUACAUGACAUGAUAACAGCUUUCUCUGAUGCAGAGAUUUUGAACAAAACACUGAAAGUGACGCGCAUUCUUCCAGACAACACAGAAGAAGCAGGCAGUGGAUCUGGGGUACUGCGAGAUGUUCUCAGCUGCUUCUGGCAUGAAUUCUACGAUCGAUGCUCACUCGGUGCAACAGUUAAAGUGCCCUUCAUUCGCCAUGAUUUUCCUGCUGAAACAUGGAAGGCAGUUGGCAGAAUCCUUGUGAAAGGCUACGAAGACUGCCAAUAUUUGCCAAACAAACUUGCCCUCCCCUUCCUUGAACAGGUGCUUUUCAACAAUGUGUACAGUGAUCUUAAAGAACAUUUCCUGCACUUUGUGAGCAACCAGGAACGAGAGGUUUUGAUAGAAGCGAUGACUGAUUUUUCCGCAGUUGACUGAUGAUCUUGUGGAAGUUCUCAGCCGCUAUGGCUGUCGAACAAAGAUAACUGCUGAUACUCUUCUUUUGAUACUUUAUGAAAUAGCGCACAAAGAACUUAUCCAAAAGCCUAUGUUCGUUAUUGACUGCUGGAAGGAGAUCACCCAUCAUCAUCAUCUCUCCCUGUUUCCAGAGGCACUGACAAAGUUGUUCUCUGACCUUCAACCAACCACCAAAAAGGUCUGUAAAAUGCUCAAAUUUGGUACUGAUUUGACUACGACACAGAAGGAAGUGGGAAAUCAUCUUAAGAAAUUCAUCAGAGAGCUAGAUGAAAGCAGACUUCAGAAAUUUCUGCGAUUCUGCACCGGAUCUGAUCUCGUACUAACAGACAGCCUCCAUGUGGAGUUUGUAGAAAUGACAGAGUUCACAAGAAGACCAAUUGGGCGCACAUGUGGUAACCUUCUGAACAUAGCUGACACCUAUGAGAACUUCCCAGAUUUCCGUUCAGAAUUUAAUGCAGUUCUGGAAAGCAAUGUCUGGGUAAUGGACAUUGUUUAGAUUCCCACAACCAGAACAACAACAAUUCACUGUUAAAAGACAUGUUCACGUUUCUAUGGACAGAAUGGCAAGAAAGAAUAAACAUUUAGGACCUGCAUUAAGCACUUUUGCAGCAGCAGCAAUAACUGUGGCAAGCUUCAUCACUGCUGUGUGCAGACAGUUAUAGAUUAUAAUGAUACUGUAUUUUCGCUACUUUUGUUAUUUUUUUGUUAGUAGCACAAUAGUGAACCAACCAGGUUAAACAUUUCUGUUAACCACCAUUGCUUAAAAGAGAAGCCAGCCCUGCACCUGUCUUGACAGAAACCUAAUGUUGUACAAAAGCAAGUUCUUUGUUUGAGUUGGACAAAUUCAUACGGACAUUGUCACAAGCUAAAAAAAUAUUCUGGUCGUUGUUUAAGACUGCAUUUUUAUUGACAAGUAAUCUGUACAAUAACCCAUGACUUUGUAUCAGUCACACUUGCAAACUGUCCCUCUAUAUGUAUGCCAUUAAUGGGUUUAUUUGUAUUAAGGUCUUUAAAGUUUGGAUAUGUGAUGACUGCCACAAUAUCACUUCCAAGUUAGUGAAAGCAAGUGUUUUAUAUACAGAAAAUCCUGAAGCUAUACUGAUGUUUUCUCAUAUUGCCUUGAUACCAAGUCUUGUUCAUCUACCAAAAUGAUGAUUCAUCUUACAGUAUCUUGUUACACUACAAAUCUCAGUUGAAUCUUAGAAUAGUUAUUCUGUAGCCAUUCGUUGUGUCAUGUUGACCGACUAAAAAAUUAUUUUAGCUGUUUUUAUUUUAGACACUAUGAUUGUUAUUGCACAGACUACACAAUGCAGUCUGAUAAUUGUGUGUUCUUACAUUACACACUUGUAAACCAUUUUGAUAAUAGCAAUACCAAAGUGCUGUAAUUGUUCAUUCUUACUUGUUCUACAGUGUCAUGUUCUCAGGUGUUUAGUUAGUCUUAACUCACUACCAUAGUACAAGAGUGUCCAAAGUUUAUGGAGGAAUUUUUUGGUAUUUUGUGAUCCUACAGAUCAUAGUUGAAUAGCCAAUUUUACCUGAAGUGUUUUUUUUUUCGGUGACUUAAUUUCAUAUUAAGUCACCGAUGUGGAAGAUAUGUUGUGAUAAAGAGGCUAUAAGAGAAUGACUACGGCUACAAAUCUAACUUUUUCUUUUAUUUACCAUAAAAAUGUAAUCGUAUGCUUCAUAUUCUGAAUGGAUUAUGUAUAAUGUUUCCUUCAGUAACUGCAUUUAGCUCAUAUGCUCUGUUUUAGCUGAGAUACCCAGUAAAGCCACUUGUGAAAAUGUUAAAUGCUUCUUUCAAAAUUUCAAUGUUAGUUUAAAAGUGUUCUUUAUUGACCAGCCUAUUUUGUCAUGAGAUUUUACACUGUUACUAUUGGUAAUACUUAAACAAUGUUUUAUUUUUUUAAUAUGAAGUUGUAAUUUUAAUAAAAAUGUAACCUUUUUCACCACAUUUGUAUUCAUGGUCUUCGGUUCGGUAUGUUGAUCUAAUGUUGAUCAAGCUCCCUAUCCAUAUGGGUAAAAAUAAGGUUUAAAAUACAGCUGUUUAAGAAUGUUACAAAGCAUUUUAUUGAUAAUCAUAUUGGAUACAAAUUUAAGAAAAAUAUUAGUCCAGCUGGCAUGAAAAACAAUAGUGAAAGAAGUGUGUGGACAAUUUAAACAAGUGAAAUGCACAAUGCAUUCAAUGAAACCUGUGCCGUGUUCCAAUACCGUUACUUCCAUGAGUACACUUAAAGGAAGUACACUAUCUGCACUAUCCGUACUCGCUUGAGUACGCUAUUUUUUCCAGAUGUGAGUGCUGUUCCAAAUCGAGUACUCUGUGGUGCACUUACCGGAAAUGACGAUCACGACUGCCGCCGUGGCUCCUCCCCCGCAAUAAACAUCCCGCUUUGAACGGUGAACUCUUUACGCCUAGCAGCUAUAAAAAGUUAUAAAAACUACAAAAUGACUAUUAAUGCAGGCUAUGUGGAAAAUGCGCCGACUUUGGCUCAGCCUGGCUCCGCCUCUUCCGCAACGUAGCUAAGAUGGCUGCCGUUGAGUACGGGGAGUGUCCUUCGAUCCACACUUCACGAUUAGCCCGUUUUGAGUACGGCAUCCAGGUCCUUGAAGUAUACUUCAUUUCGCCGGAUCUGAAUUGGACUGCGUACUCAAAUUUUGGCUAGUAAGUACGGACAGUACGGGUAUUGGAACACGGCACAGAAUAGGGCUCUGAAAUUACCAAUAUCAAGUGACUCAUUUAAAAGGUACAGUGAAUCAUUUCGCCAGUAGCAGGUUACAAUUAGCCACCAUAAAACAGCUUGAAAAGUAGGUGGAAAGAACAGAUUUUAUUAAAUAUCAAACCUGUAAUGGUUCUACUGAAUUUCUAUUGAUAAAUGCACCAUUGUAAUUUUGACCACUUUUAGCAAAGUUUGGGCAGCAACAAAAACACAUUCUUGAAAAGUGUGAAAGAAAAAUACAACAUCUUGAGUUAGCUGCAGCACAGCAAUACUCGUCCAUAUAGUGGAUUUCAUUGAUCAAAUAUUUCCCUGUAGUUCCUCCCUUAACAUGAUGUAUAGAUCAGCUGCAGCUAGUGGAUCUGCUGGAGCAUCCCAUCCUUUCUCUUCCAUUAGUAGACAACAUAGUUCAAAAACAGUUUGAUCGCAAGGAAACUGGCCUUUGGGAGUACACUCUUCCAAACACAUAGUAACCUCCUCCAUGGCAAUCGGUUUGAGUCUAUCCUCAGCACUGUGUAACUCUGGGAACGAGUCCAUCACCACUGGCCGACCCGAACCCACGUCAUUACUUGAUCUUGGUCUGAUUUUGUGUGAAUUCCAUGUAUGGACAACCUCAUCCAGUUCAUCCUGCAAAGAAAGAAGCACAGUAAAUACUCACUACAAACCUGUGAAAUAGGAGGUGUUGGACUACUGCUGCCUCUCUAAAUUGAGGCCUAGGUUGCUGCGUCAGCUAAGUCAAUAUUUAACAUAUACUGUAUACCACGCAUUUUUGUAAACAUCAAGGAUAAUCAAUGUAAAACUUAAAGCAAGGAAUGACCAGUUAAAGGAAUUUAUAAUCUCAAGUAUAACGCAUUGUAACAGUUAUUAUAAUGCAUUAUAAAUCCAUUUUAAUAUAUUACAACUAUGAAAUGAAGAAUACACUAUUAUCCUUGCAAAAACCAUGUCAGUGAGUGACCAGCAAUGAAUUAUGAGGUAUUAUAAUACUCGGCCUUAUAAGUCAUUGAAAAAUGCAUGAUAAUGUGAUGUUAUGAUCACUGUUAUAAAGCAUUUAAUGUGUGAGUGCUUAUAAAUGUAAUUAUACAGUGAUAUAUGCAGAUUAUAACUCAUAAGUAUGUUAAUAAUGAUUUUCAUACUACUUUUAUUACCGACUGAUUUCAUAAGGCAAGGAAAGAUUUGACGUGAACAAGAUUAAGGAAACAGAAUUGGAUAAGGUUUUUGUCCAAAAAGUCUCCUGUGAAGUGCCCAUCAUCCUGGAAAGUUUUAAAAAGGUUCAUCCAAAACUGUGCACUCUGUUUGCGGAGGGUACCCCAUCAUUGCCUCAAUGUGCUGGUUUGCUGUGCUUCUUCCGUAAAGGAAGCUUUUCUCCCCUGCAAAACUGACUGCAAAACUGGGUGGUUUCUCCGCAAAAACAUCUGCAUCUCUUCGACACAGCCAUUUUCCGUGCCCCUGUCUGCACGCAACCUCUCUGGACAUCCUUCUAUGCUUGAAACUGUCUUGAUGAAGUAACUUGCAACCACUUUAGGAUCAUUAUUUGUGGUAUAGGCCUCCAUCCAUAACACAUAUCGGCUAAAACCGUCUAUACAGCCAUGGAUGCAAAUGCCAUAGGGCUUUAACUUAUCAUAGCCGUCCAUGUGCCAAAGUGCAUUUGGCCCUCUGCAGCUGUAUUGUCGUCUUCUCAAGCGUCGUGCUCGCCUUAAUUCGACACCUUGUGGAUCAACCAACUUGAUAAUGCGUCUUAUGGUAUCUUGGGAAACAACAAAUCCCCGUUGAACUGCGCGAAGAUGUAGCCAACGGUACCCCUGCAUCUGUCCAUAGGUCAAAAUCUCAUUUUGGACAAAAGCCAGCACUUGGUCCAAGCCAGUCUGGUUCUUCCUUCUGAACAGACCAAGUAUUUUACGAAUUCUUUUUAAAGUUCUGAUACUAAGUACUAUAUGAUUGCUAUGUGCUAAAAUCGCAAGUAUUUCCUUGUUACUGAAAGAUAGUCUGAAGUAGAGUUUAAUUAGCUCAUCCAAUUCUGGCAUUGCAGGCAGUGUUGGGAGCAGUUAAACGUUGCGAGGAACCUUUUGAAAAAAUAGAAGGUGGAAAUGUGUUCCGCAGUCUUCAGUCUGCCAGGAGUGCAUCAUCCAUUAGCUCGAUGGUGUUGUCAAACUGCACAUGAGGAGAAAGAAAAGAAAAGACAAUCAUUUUCUCUAAAGUUCACAUUGCAAAUAUAAUGUCAAGGUAAAGCCUGUUAAGUCAGUGGGAAAAUACUGAUCUAUACGUGCAGGAAAGCUUUGAAUGCAGAGGUCAGUACAAUAAUGGAACAACAAUUAUAAUUUUUAUUUUCUUGACUCUGUAUAGCUCUUCAAUAACUGGAUCACACUCUCCUGGCUAGAAAAAAAAAUCAAAAAGCUAGGGAGUGAUAGACCUCUCAAUGUAACACUAUACACAUACUCACUUAUGAGUAGGCUAUCUCAAUACUGCAAUCAAACCUGAUAUUAUUUAUUUGAAUUCAGUCUAGACACUUUCAUAGUAAUAGCCAUUAGGAAACUCAUGAUUGACCUGCCAGGGGUGAAUGGAGCUAAGUAACUUUAACUUAACUUU